UCCGCGCCGCCUCCGCGGGGACAAUAGCGCGGGGCCAUGUCGUCCGCCGGCGGCCGCCAGCCCAGCCAGAGCCGGGCCAUCCCCACCCGCACCGUGGCCCUGAGCGACGCGGCGCAGCUCCCCCCGGACUAUUGCACCACCCCCGGCGGCACCCUCUUCUCCACCACGCCGGGAGGCACCCGGAUCAUCUACGACCGCAAGUUUCUGCUGGACCGCCGCAACUCGCCCAUGGCGCAGACCCCGCCUUGUCACCUCCCCAAUAUUCCCGGCGUCACCAGCCCCGGCUCGGCCGGCGAGGAGCCCAAAGCGGACACCAACAGCCUGAACCACCAGGAGGGGAAGCCAUCCAUGGGGGACGACGCUCAGUUCGAGAUGGAUAUCUGAGCGGGAACCACGGAGAGGCAGCAACUCCCCAGCCCUGCGCACACCCCAUUCGGCUUAGCAGGAUCCGUCCCGGCGAGGAGGAGGCGGCAGCGGUCCCCGCCGGCGUCCCCUUCCCCGCCUGCCUCCCCCCCCCUGUUUCCGGGGAGCGCGGCUCUGGCUUCUCCCCCUUUGCGGGUGACCGGUCCCAGCAUGUGCCGCACGGAGCAUCUCUUCCGGAUCCGGCCCUAUCCCUCUUCCUCCGCCCGCCGGCAGCCUGAUCUCCACCGGGCUUCUUUUUAAAACAUCCCUUUGCCUCUUCCGCCGCCUCGUGCUCCCCCCCAAAAAAAACCCCUCCCGUUACCCCAAACCUCCCGUUGCCGGCAGCUUGGCGGUCCGGAGCUGCGUCACCCCUUUUGCCCCUUCUCCCGGAAAAUUCGGGCAGCUUCUCGGGAGGAGGGUGAAAGCGUUGCUCCUAGAACCAGCACCCGCUUGCACCCCGGGGCCGGGUUGGUUUAUUUUUUCGGUUCCCCCGGGACCUGCUGCCAUUCGGUGGAGGACAACGCUGGCAGCCCGUUCCCUUCGGUGCUCCGGGCGUCCACGUCUCUCUCCUACCUGGAUUUCUUCCGUCUCAGCCCUUUGACCGGGGGCUGCGUCCCCGACCCACCAGCCAGGACUCAGAACGACGUAGCCAUAUGUUACAAAAAAGAAAAAAACCUCCUUGCUUUUAUUUUUUUGGUACUAAAAAGGGGCACUUUACCGGCAACGCUUCUUUUUUUCAGGCUGGGGACGAGCGCCUCUGGGAAAGUGCUUUCUAGUGCUCUUUUUUUUUGUUGUUGUUUUUUAAAUCCCCCCCUUUAAAAUGUGAAUAAUACAGGAGCGAAAUCCCUCGGCGCCGUUGGAUGUCUCGGGAGCAGCCGGGCACCCGGGACGGGGGGAGAUGCAGGCUGAGGUGCUGCAGGGAUGCGAUGCUGCGGCCGGGAGCAUCACGGCUGCACCCGGGGCGCUCCGGUCACAGGGUGCCGGCAUCGGUGCCGUCCUCCGCUUGCUUUUCGUGCCGGGGUCGCGCUGCCAUGGUUAAAGGGUUUCGGCGUUAAACUCCCCGCCGCCGGCGGCUGUGCCGGCCUGGCACGUCGUGGCCAUCCUGCCUGUGCCCGGCAUCUUGAAACCCCCCGGCAAUGGGAUUUAUUUUUUUCCUCCUCUCUCGGUGCGACUCUUGCCUUGAAGAGCGGCGUUCGGUGAGGGCGCGCGUGGCGGGGGACGCCGCGGCGGUGCCGUGCUGUGCCCCCCGAGCCCGCCAGCCCCCCACCCCCCUUUAUUUUUAUUUUCUUUUUUUACUACCUGUUGGGAGCCGUCGACAGCUUUGCAACCUUCUCAAGUGCCAUUUUAUCAGCCCCCACCUGAGUGCCUGCUCGAUCCAUCCUCCCUCCCUCGCCGGGGUCCCCCCCUGCUCCCCGGGGACCCAUCGCCUGCCGGGGCGGUGGCUCUGCGUGCCGGGGACGGGGUACGCCCCGUGCCGGUAUCCGUGCUGCAGGCGUUGUGCACUUUCCGUCCGGUAAUUUAUUUCUCUAGGUGUGUUUGGCGUGGGUCGGCGCGGUGGCUGGUUGCGAGCUCCCAUCUUCCAGCUGCUUUUCUUGGGGGGGACGGCGAGGGCUGCCACUCGUUUUGGGGGGGGGGGGGGAAGUGAGGGGGGAAAAAAAAAAAAAACCAAAACCCAACCCGACAAGGGAACGGGAUGUCUCUCCCAUCCUUUCCCUUGCCCGGGUAGCGCUCGGUGGGACGCGACGUGCACACGUAGCCGGCCGUUGUAGGCGCACGAGUGAGUGAGUGCGUGCAAGUAGAAAUAUGUAUAUGCGUGUGGGUGGGUGGUGAUAAGACACACACAAAUAUAUAUAUUAUAUAUAAAUAAAUAUAUUUUCCUUAAAAGCGAAGAUCCUAGGAGGUCUGCUAGGCCCUCGGAUCGAGGGAGCGGCAGGGGCGGAGGGCGAGGACGUCCUUUGAGGAGCGGGGAUGGCCACCGCAGAUGCAGGGACCCGGCGCCCUCGGCGCAGUGACUCGUUUCGGGAAAUCUGCUCUCCAAGCCAAAAAAAAAAAAAAAGAAAAAAAAAAGAAAAAAAAAAAGAAAA